AUGGCGGCGGCCGGCAGGGGCUUCGGGCCCGAGGAGGAGGAGGCCGAGCCAGCCAAGCAGGCGCGGAUCCCGGGCUCCGAGCUGGUGGAGAACUACACGGUCUAUAUUAUCCAGGUUACUGUUGGCAACCAUCAAUGGACAGUCAAACAUCGUUACAGUGACUUCCAUGAUCUACAUGAAAAGCUUAUUGCUGAAAAGAAGAUUGAUAAGAACCUACUUCCUCCUAAAAAGAUAAUUGGAAAAAAUUCCAAAAGUUUGGUGGAGAAAAGACAGAAAGAUUUGGAAGUCUACCUGCAAACUCUUCUUACAAAGUUCCCUGUUGCUGCACCUAAAGUGUUGUCACACUUUUUACAUUUUCACUUAUACGAAAUAAAUGGCAUUACUGCUGCCCUAGCCGAGGAGCUCUUUCACAAAGGUGAACAGCUCUUAGUGGCUGGAGAGGUUUUUGCUAUUAGGCCAUUGCAGUUAUAUGCGAUCACUCAGCAGCUUCGGCAAGGGAAACCCACCUGUGCUAAUGGAGAUGCGCAGACUGACCUGGGUCACAUUCUGGACUUUACAUGUAGACUCAGAUACCUGAAGGUAUCUGGCACAGGAGGACCUUUUGGGACCAGCAACAUUCAGGAGCAUCUCUUGCCUUUUGAUUUGUCAAUAUUUAAGUCUCUUCAUCAGAUAGAGAUAAGUCACUGUGAUGCAAAGCAUAUCAAAGGGCUGAUUUCAUCCAAACACACCUUAGCCACAUUGAGUGUCCGUUUCUCAGCAACCUCAAUGAAAGAAAUCAUUGUUCCCGAAGCAUCAGAAUUUGAUGAGUGGGAGCCAGAGGGUGCGCAUCCCGAUUGCCCUGUAACUGCAGUUAUUCCAACAUGGAGAGCAUUAACCACUCUAGAUAUGAGUCACAAUGGCAUCUCACAAAUUGAUGAUUCUGUGAAACUUAUUCCAAAGAUUGAAUUCUUAGAUCUGAGUCACAAUGGAGUGAUGGUAGUAGAAAAUCUCCAGCACCUGUACAAUCUCAUUCAUUUGGAUCUGUCAUACAACAAACUCACGUCAUUAGAGGGCGUUCAUACCAAACUAGGGAACAUCAAGACUCUGAAUUUAGCAGGGAACCUCCUGGAAAGUCUGAGUGGAUUGAACAAACUAUAUUCUCUAGUCAACUUGGAUCUCAGUAACAAUAACAUUGAACAGAUCGAGGAGAUAAAAAAUAUAGGAAGCCUGCCUUGCUUAGAAGAAGUGGUAUUAUCCAGCAAUCCUCUGAGCAUCAUCCCUGAUUAUAGGACCAAAGUACUAGCUCAGUUUGGGGAAAGGGCCUCUGAGGUCUGUUUGGAUAAUAUCAUUACUACAGAGAAGGAGCUUGAUACUGUAGAGGUGUUGAAAGCAAUUCAGAAAGCAAAGGAAGCUAAGUACAAACUGAAUAAUUCUGAUAAAAAGAUCAGUGAGGAUUCCCGGCUCACUGCUGCCAGCUCCAAAGCAAACUCUUCUCCUCUCCCUGUUCGUCCCUCUUCUCCCUCUCUGCCUCGGCCUCUCGGCCCCAGCCAAGAAAUAAUAUAUAGAAAAGCAGCCCUAAUGAGCAACUUCUCACCACCUGCUAGUGUGACUCCUAAUGAUCACUUGCUUACCCAGCGCUACUCAGAACCUUCAGUGUCUACACAUAAAGGACAGGCAGCUUCUAUAAUGGACUCAAGGAAAAACUCUGAGACUGACAAUCCCACAUGUUUGGGCCACUCAGAGGAUGAAGGUGCUGUGCUGCCUGAGCCAGGUAACAUCAUCAUUUUGCCAUUCACUUGCAUAGCCUACACAACCACCAACGAGGAUUUCAUCCAGCACCUUUCUGCUGUGAUAAGGCAGGUAGUGCAGAGACAGCCGCUUUCCUGGACUGAAGCAGCCAGCAGAAGGGGCCCUGGGAGUGACUCCAGAGACAUUGAUACAGAGGGUGGCUAUUUUGAAAUGGGACUUCCUAAGGGAGAGCCAGCUCUGGAGUGGAGCACUGCCCCUGAUGGAGGCCCAUCGACUGAGCACCUGCAAAUACUCAAAGUCCUCUGGAGCUUUUCCAUUCAGGUUCACAAAGGAAUCCGGCAAUUUGCAGCCUGUUUAGUUCUGACUGACAGUGUAGUCGCUGUAUUCGAGAUUCCUCAUGAGGCAUCCAAAGGAAACAGUCACCACAUCCUUUCUGCCUUGAAGCUAGUGUUGUGCUUUCCAUAUGGGGACCUUACAGAAUUUGGCUUUCUCAUGCCAGAAGUGUGCUUAGUGCUAAAGGUGAGAACCGGUGGACACUGCUUGUGUCUGAUUUCAGAUGCCUCACAUCUCCAAGAGUUUCUUUCUUGUUUACACACCUGCUGUUCUCCACAGCAUACACCUGUGGUAGGUAGCUCUGUGCUAUAUUGUGGCAAGGCAAGCUUGCAGGAAUUUAUUUACCAGCUUAUGGGAUUUUACCACAUUUCUUCAGAUGACAGUGAGAUAAAGGGUUGUUUUCCUGCAUAUCUUGUUUAUGGUGAUAAAAGUGACAUUUGGCCGACCUUGGGCCACUCUGAGGGAGAGACAGAAUGGGCUCAGCACGGCCUGCGGUCUCCAUUUUGCGAGUCAUCUGAACCAGGGCAGUCUGCACUUCAUCCCUGCUGGGUAUUUCUAACACCUCAACACUUGAACAUAGUAAAGGCAGAUUUCAGUGCUUUGCCAGAAAAAGGAAGAUACUCCAGUGACACCAGAAAGAUCUUCAAACUGAGCCGGAUUCCUCUGGCUUCGGUUCUGUUGCACCCAACCCGCCAUUCCACUCAGCCUCAAGGCUCUUUCUCUGAUGGCCAUGUGCUUGAACUGCUGGUUGGAUACAGAUUUGUCACUGCAGUAUUUGUCCUACCUCAUGAAAAAUUCCAUUUUUUGAGAAUCUACAACCUCUUGAGGACUUUCCUACAGGAUGUGAAGACUAUAGUUAUCUUCAAAGCUUCCAAAAAUUUGGAAAUGGCAAGAAACCACUUCUUGGACUCCAAUAAUCUGCAGGCAGCAAGCUUUUCCAAGCCUCAUUUGACUCUGUCCUCCCUGUACCCGAGUGAAUUUCUGAUGCAGAAAAUGACUGAAGACAACCACAUUCCUUUUUACCUGCCAGUUUCCUCAUCUCUUCAGUAUGUCGCUGGAUUAAGGGGAAGUGCCAUCGUUGAAUUUUUCCAUAACAAUGUGGCUGAGGUUGAAAAUGAAGAGCUGAGACACCUCAUGUGGUCAUCAGUUUUAUUCUACAAAACCCCUGAUGUGGAAGUCACUGCCUGCGUGUUACUGACAACCAAAGCUGUGUACUUUCUGCUGGAUGACUCCAUCCGGCACCAUUGUGAGCCUUUGCUAGAUUUCUGGAAUCAGAGGAACUCUGAUUAUGACAAUAGCCCUUUCCAUCUGUCCCAGUGCUUUGUUUUAAAGCUCAAUGACCUACAGUCAGUUAACGUAGGACUCUUUGAUCAGUAUUUUCGGGUUACUGGCUCUUCUGCUGAUCACAUUGUAACUUGUCUGACUCGAGACAGUUACUCCACUCAUGCUUUCCUUCAACACCUCAUGGCCGUCCUCUCCUUACUGGCCCGCACACCUUCCCCAGAACCAGUCGACAAGGAUUUCUACUCUGAAUUUGGAAACAAAAAUACAGGAAAGAUGGACAACUAUGAACUGAUCCACUCUAGCAGAGUAAAAUUUAUUUACCCUAAUGAGGAGGAGAUUGGAGACUUGGCUUUCAUUGUGGCCGAGAAGAUGGACCACUUGGCAGAUGGCCCAGCUCUGAAUGUCCUCCUCUAUGUUUUGGCAUUCCAAGUGAAUCCUGUGGAAGGCACUGCUUCGGCCAGCAGUUCACUCCAGCCAAAGACACUAAUUCUGACCAGUUCGGGUUUAUUCCUUUUUGAUGAGGACCAUGUCAGUUACCCACUGCCUGAGUUUGCCAAGGAGCCACCAAAGAAAGAUAAGUACCGGUUUGCUGAUGGCCGGAGGAUCCGGGACCUGGACCGGGUACUCAUGGGCUACCAGAUGUACCCUCAGGCCCUCACCUUCGUGUUUGAUGAUGUACAAAACCAAGAUUUAAUGCAGAACCUGACCCUGGAUCACUUUGGAGACACUCUGGUUGCUGCCCAGGGAGCCCCCAAACCCGGGGGACGUGAUGGGGGCAGAGAAGUGCAGUGGUACAUCUUUAUCCCAAGUGCUGAGAGCCGAGAGAAGCUCAUCUCAAUGCUCGCCAGACAGUGGGAAAUACUGUGUGGACGGGAGUUGCCCCUUGAACUCACAGGAUAACAGACUAGCCAUUCCAGCGCAGGCUUGUCCAGCCUUUGGCCUCCCUGGAACACUGAGCUCCCAUCUUCUCAGGCUUUCACUGGGGUGGGGGCUUGGCUCUUUUUUGUUAACCCAUUCUAGAGAUUUUUAUGCUGAAUAUGUAAACAUUUUAUCAUGCUCUGCAUCCUGGGAAACUGUAUGGUUUGAAAGGAGUCAAAACACUAUGACAUAGUGCUGUCUAGGGCUGUCUCUAUUUCCACAUUUGUUUCCUGUAUAUAUCAAUCAACCCAAACUAUUACACUGUAAAUAAUGGUGAGAGAAGCGCUUGUGAUGUCAAGAAGUGUAGUGUUGGGUAUGUGAGCUGUAUUUUAUUGGGUGUGCUGCUAAACGUUUAAGUUAAUAUGAUUUACAGACACUUUUACAUUUGUCUUUUUAUGGAGUGUCAAAAUUGGUUUUUAUUUUGCUGCUAAUCAUGAACCUCAUAACAAAAUUCACAUUAAGGUGCCCCAAGUGUGGGGAUGUCACUUUGGUGGAGGGGUGGUACGCUCCCACUGCCAGCAGGAACAUGGAUAACAAGUGGAGGUCAUGACUGGCUGCAUGUGAGACCUGGGCCCUCCACCCUCCAAGCACCAAGUGUUACUCCCAUCGCCUCCUUGCACAAUACCAAUAAAGUGGAAUUUGACACA